GCUCGAGAGCCGAUGGAGUUCGAGAGCUGUUGGAAGUUUGAUGGUGCUAUACACCGUGCAAUAACGUGCUAUUGAUCACACAGUAGAUUUCAUUGAAUUAUUGCUAUAUGCUGUCAGUGAAGAAAUAUUUCGCCGCAGGCCUCUAAAGGUCUUGUUGGCUCCCUUUAGGACUGACGCGCAAGUAGCAUUCGAACUAAAUUGACCCAGCUGUGAUUGCAUUUGUUAUGCGCGGUGUUCAGACGCAUUCGGUGUGCGGUAACAACCGACAGAACGACGACGAAGACCAACAAUUAUAUCUGGAAAUAGAAGACAUCGUCGGAUCUAUAUACUGGAAGCGGUGAAUCGACAGGCGGAACGGAGCCCCAGACCAUGUAGAACUGCGACCCAUGUCAGCACAGAUUUACAUACAUAUGUACGCACCCUGACGAACCGUUGUAAUCUAUUGCAUGUUAGCUGAGCGAUCAGAGCUGAAGAGAAGAAAGACGCCGGUUCAAUUCGUGCACUGCUACCUGUAAUUGAACUUUUUUGGCUAAAGCGCACGGACCCAACCGUCCUGUAAGGUUAGGCUUGCUUCGAUCCAGUCCCUUAUCCUACAUGAUCGAUUUUCACCCCCCGAAAAUGAUAGUGUUUGGCUGAUCGUCACGUUUACAUUAGUCCUCUCUACUAAGUAACCGAUAAAUUGACGCGGAUGCUGGUCUUAGCGGUAACCAGCUCUUGUCGCCAGUUUCCGGAUUCAGGUAUCGAGAGGAAACCCUGCAACGUAGAAACUAUCAAUAUCAAAACAGAUGUCCUCUGAUUUGUGGUGAAAGCGGCUUAUCGCUGCAUACUCAGCAAAAAAGAAUUUUUUGCUACUGCAAGUAAAGGACCGCGCAAGUAAUUAGCAUGCUAAAAAUUCUCAGCUUGUAAAGCGGAAAAAGCUUCUAAAAAAAACAAGAAAAAAUACAGCUAAAUAGUACACUGAGGACCUGGCGGCACUGUUUAUGGUUCUUAACAGAGGAAGCAGUCACAUUCCUCCCGCUUAAUUUACCGAAAUUAAUAGUACUGGGAAGUAACAUCGAACAAAAAAUUCAUUUUUUGAUAUUCCCGUCUCCGAGCAUACGCGGGCAGGCCGACUUUCUGUCUUAUAUACAUUCACACACACGUACGCGUGCGAAACACGUAAAGAAAACAUGAGUCGUCACUUCCGAAUGACGUCCUCCACGGAGACGGAAUACGAUACGGGAGACUUCCCGCCGCCGUACCAAGCCAGGCAGUUCUCUGGCGCUGACGACUGCUAUGACGAGGAAGAAAUGGUUUCACCUCCUGAAUGUCUUGGAAGUGGGCGUGAUAGUGGCAACAGUCCUUCCCGAGAUUUCUAUGCGCUAUCACCUACAGGCCAUCCACAGCACUCACAGCAUCAGCAUUUACCUUCAGCUUCAUCGCUGCGCACUCCAGACCGAGAGACCGAGAAUCACCUGUCCAGCUAUGCUAGUCCGAAUCUACCGCCUUCGGAAGCUUUUCAGCCCUACAACGCCAUACGGCGACCUCGCUCAGCCAGUAUACCGUUCGUAUUAGAUAGUGGCCACGACGGUCGGCCAACGUCAUCUGCAUCGCACCGCGUUGACCGCACACUAACUGAACAAGAUUCAGAUGCGGCGCCAAUGAACUGUUACGUUACACAUGAGCUCCGUGAAGACCGGGAGAGGGAACGUGACAGAAAUAGUAGAGAAGUGGACCCCGAUUAUCGAACCUUUGAAAGUCGCGAUGGCAGCGAUCGAGGCGGUAUUGAUGAUUCCCGAGGUGAUGAAGGAAUGGCCCUCGCCGCAUGCCCUUACGCUGUCCCACACACUGUGGACAGCCCUGAUUCCCCGUCGGGUCGGGUUUGCCGACCAAGGUCUAGGACUCUCGAGGGCCUCUUCGCCAGCCGCCACAAUCGCUCACAGUCGUACCGUAGUAGCUCUGCUCGUUCGGAGACGUCUGACGCUUACGACGAUUUCGGGACCGAGUUCUUUCGUCCGCGCGUGUCAACGAUGCCCUCAUCUGGGAAUGAGUCCAGCCCGCAGGGCGAUGAAGGACAGUUUUACGUGGCGAGAAACUUUCAACACAACGAAAAAGGCGAGAUCGUCAACCGUGGCGAUUGCUAUCGGGAAGGUUCACGAAGCAAUACGUCGGUCUGCUCAAGCUCAUCGAACAAAUCGUCGCCGAUUGGGGUCGUAGCAGGAGAAGGAAAACCACCGCUUCGGGUUAUCAUGCUCGGAGGUGUAGGCGUAGGGAAGUCGUCUCUGGUCGCGCAGUUCAUGUCGUCUGAAUUUGUCAAUUCUGAUGACUACUCAUGUGAAGAGGAUGAAAUUCAUCCGGUGUCGGUCAUUGUGGAUGAUGAUGAGUUCAAUCUUUUAUUUAUCGAUCACCCAAUCUCUCAGGACCUCACUGAUCCUAGCGCUCCUGAUGAUAACGGCAGUGGAGCAGCUGCCUAUUUGAUUGUGUUUUCGGUUACGGACGCCUCUUCUUUCGAGACGGCGGAAAACCUUCUUAAAAAGCUUCGCGCACGAGGAGAUAUUCAAAAUCGAGCGGUAAUACUCGUAGCAAACAAAAGCGAGCUAGUACGCUCCAGAGAGGUGUCUGAAAGUCAGGCCAAAGAUUUGGCUUGCCGAUACGAGUGUAAAUUCUCCGAGAUUUCGGCGAGCCUCAAGCAUAAUGUCGAUGAACUGCUCGUCGGACUCGUUACACAGAUCAAGCUAAAGGCCAAGCAGGCGCGGGACGCCGCCCGUGACAGCAGCAAAAAGGAAUCUGGUCAGACCGGUCACGGCCAUGGGCACGGCAAGCGAAGACACUCGAAGACGUCAAUGUUCUUGGGCAAUCGUACCAGGUGUUUCUUCGAAAAACUGUUUGGCCAACGCGAACAUAUUAAGAGCCGUUCGUGCGACAAUCUUCAAGAACUGUAAAUACGUACGGCGAGUAGGCGUGUGUGUGUGUUUGUGUGUCUGUGUGUGGGUGUAAAUCGAACAUGGCGGACCCUUGCUUCUGCCAACUGUCGGCCUGAAGUAGCUCGCAAUUUCCGACUCUGAAACCUCUUCGGAUUCUACUACGAAAACCGUGAUCCGUAAUCAUGAAAUCUCCGUUUGUAUACUUACGGCUUCAUUUUCUUAUUGUUUAAUAAGAAAGAUCUCCGUACGUACGCCGAUGUCUAGAUCCAAACACUCAACGUACGCAAAGCUAACUUAUAUAUAUUACUGUCUUGAUCAUCGUCGGGACUUCUAUACAAAAUUUGUCGAUACCUUUUUCACAUUUACUGGAACCGUUUUUAAGAGGCAAAUUCAAGGGGCCUUGUUCGAAACCUCGAUAUAUGUUGCUAACUAAUGCCAAUUCAUAACGCCUCCUUUUAUUUUACUGGAAUUAGCGAUUAAUUCCUUUGGCAUUACUGGGGGGGCCAUACUCAAGAACAAGAUUAAGUCGACGAAGCGUUCAUGAUAAUGGACCUUAGCUUCGUGCGGCUGACUUGAUCAAGCGAACUGAUCUGGCUAACGGCUAUAAUUCUAGGCACGCACGUUUCCAUUAGGGAGUCGCUGGUCCAGCUAAAUGGAGGCUAGGCAACUGCACAGCAGCGAUCACAGGCGCUUUUGUGCGAACAGGACAGAAGAUCCCAGGCGACUUUUGACGGCCGCUGUUGAGCGACCCCUGUUGAGGACAAACACGAAGCAUCGUGUAUCCGUAGCAAUGUCUGUAACUGCUUGAGAGACGAGUACAGAAAGCUACAGCAGCACUUUAGAAAGGAACGGAGACUAAGUUGGUUCGAGGGGUGAAAAUCCAGCAUGAUAAUGCGUUUUACAAUGGCCGAAAACUAUCGAUCGGAUGGCUGCAGCCUAUUCGCAAUGGACUGUAAAACAGUAUAGAUUUCAUCUUCGCUACGGCAGAGAAUCGCCGUUUAUCUGGAGAAAGGGACGGAUGCUUCUCUAACAAGGCGCUUAGAAGCCAACACGAGAAUCAAAGCUAAAACGUCUGGGGAAUGAUCACGUGAAUAUGAUAGAGAAAUGGCCAAAGUCAAGGAAAUACUAUAGUAUAAGCGCACGAUUAGAAAAACAUCGAGAUGAAGGUGAUCGAAGCUAGCAGGUUGAGUCGUGGCAUACGUUUGGAACUAAAUAAAACUAUGUUAUCUGCUAUCGUUGAUGGUGGUGAUGAUAUAAGUUCGACCCAUUAGUGCGGAUGUAAUGGGCGGAGAAAUGAAAAUAGCUGACGAAGAAUGCUGAAAUUCGAAGAAGGUGUCCAAUAUUCGUAUGUUUACAGUUGUUUCGGCGGGAAAACACAAGCAAGAAAGUCUCUCAUCGUUGUGGUCAUCAAUUGUCUCAUGAACCCUCUCAUCUCAAAUCAUGACAAAGAAUAUUUGAAUAUCCGGAGAAAAAUAUCUCUUCUAAUCAUCGAACGAAUUAUACGGUGCCGAUAAACCGCUACUGAAACGAUAAACAUUUCAGAAAUAAAGGGAAAUCGUAGCGACGAAAUUGUAAUAUCCGUAGCAGCACCGUUAUUACUGUUUAAUGAGAAAACUAUUGCCAAAAAAGAAUCAUUCGGCCCCGUAAGGUUAGUUACGCUACAAGCUUGCCACCAUACCUCGCCAGCCCAGCCCCACAUAUCAGCAUCAUUAUCACUAUGAUUAUUUGUACUAUAUAAUGGUACAGCCAGACAUAUACAUAACACAUUUCGUAACAUCACACAAGAUGGCGCGCGCUUCACACAGUUACAAGCAGGUAUCAAAUUAAAUACGCCACUAUAUAGAAAUUCUAAUGACAAUUAUAGGAAAAAUGAACUUAACUUGUUUACUCACAACAGUUGACAGAGCAAGGGUGAGAAAUAGUUACUAAUUAUAGACUCGUAUAUUUAUCGGUAUUCUUAUUAGUAUAAUGCUAUUAUAUAUAUAUAUAUAUAUAUAUAUAUAUAUAUUGUUGUAGAGGAGAUACUGAUUAUGUGUUAAUAAGGUAGCAGCGAAACGAGAGUACCUUCUAAUGGUGGCUGAUCGUCUCAAAGCACCACACAUUUAAGAGGAAAGAAGACAAACAAUCGAUGUAGUGUCGUUUGAACGUUAUGGAUUACUUCAAUGCCAGCGUAACGUAGUCAUCGUGCACACUUCUUACGCCUUCAAUCCUCGUGGGGCACCACUUUACUUCAGCUUCAUUUUUAACUAAGCAGACGGCGCAAUGUAUGCAUAAGCUGUUGCGGAGUCGUCUUUACUUUUAGCUAGAGAAAUAAACGCCUUCAACGGGAAGAGAAUCAUAAAAGAAUCUCUCCUAUACGUACAACUCGUAUAAAAUCGUUCUAUUAUCGCAGAAUAUAUGCCAGAUAUAUAAGGUAACAGAUAACAUUCCUUGUUUUCAAUCAGCCUGUUUUGUAACGCCUGAGCUAUGUGAGUAAACCCUGGGAUUUUACUCUACGAUAUUAACAUCAAACAAAGCUCGCCUCCAUUACAAGGUUCAGUAGUGGUCGAUCUCGUUCGACUUUUCUGAGGUUUCUCUAACAGAUCCAUAAAGCAGCGUAGUAAUGAUACCCCAUGGUAAAGUAUGUAUUAACGCUGAAUUCGAAUGGGCGAUAACUUUAUGCUUAUCGUUAGCAUGACAACGCACUCAAGAGGAAAAAGGUUUUUGACCUUCGACUGAUAGUCAGCUUCUAUUUCCAGCAUGUCAGAUCAACCCGGAUUUUAUAUGCGAGGUAUUACUACUGAAGCCAUCCGGCAGGGGGAUCACGACAUCUACUCUAGUGCCCUGAGACUGCGGAGAGUCUACGCCGAUAUGGAAGCCAUGUUUUUGUCCAUCGGUUGUUGGUUAUAGGGUCUGUCGAUUGCUAAAAUAUGGGCCCACGAUGUAUGUUGUCCUUAUGGGAAAAGGGACUUGUUAUUUGUUGAAAGGAUUACGACCGCGGUCGAACAGUUUUACAGCGAGAAUCGGUCUUCUUGGCCGCUGUGUAUAACCGGAUGUGAAGAUAAAUAGAUGCACAUUGGCCAUUCAGUCCACGCCAUCUCUAUACCCUCCACCAGGAUUGUCAGUGUAAUAAAAUUUGGGAAAUUUGAACAAUCGAUUCGAGCAAAUAGAUAGCCCUUUCAAGCGAGGCUGAGUACUUCCAAAAGUUCUCUCUGUAUAGGAACUUAGUGUUGCUGAUAUAGUUUGCGGUUAAACUUCGCUGAAACGGAAGUUGACAACGCAUCAUGCUGUGUGCGUUCAGAUCGUUUCGAGGAAGUGGAAAAGAGCACAAGGGAGAAUAAUUCUAUUCACAAAAUAAUAGGCUAUAUUAUAGAGCUAUUCGUAAACUUGUAAUGGACAACUUAAUAUCAGCAGUGAUGGAACCGAUGAUUCUAUGUAUACAUUGUUGCAAACACAACAUCGUUAACAACAACAACAACAACAAAGCAGACGAUGGUCUAUUUAUCUAACAAGUUCCUCAGAGAUACGCGACAAGUACUCACAAAAAAGACUGAGGUCCAUUAAAUCAACUAACAAUAAAGUUCACUAUCUACUUAGGUAAA